CUCAACUACGUCCCAUUAAGGACCCUACUAUCAUUUCAUUUUCUUCUUCUUCAUCUUCUAAUUUCUUACUCAAUUCUCUCACGUUUCUCUCUUCUACUUCAACCAAACUAUAAUUUUUGAGCAGCUACAAGUACCUCAAUUAACUCAACUUUGAAAUGGGAAGAACACCUUGUUGUGACAAGAAUAAUGGUCUCAAGAAAGGACCAUGGACAACGGAAGAGGAUGAAAAACUCAUUCAUUAUAUUCAAAAACAUGGUUAUGGCAAUUGGAGGACACUCCCAAAAAAUGCCGGUUUGCAAAGAUGUGGCAAAAGUUGUCGUCUUCGUUGGACAAACUAUCUCCGACCAGAUAUAAAACGUGGUCGAUUUUCAUUUGAAGAGGAAGAAACAAUAAUUCAGCUCCACAGCGUUCUUGGAAACAAGUGGUCUACGAUUGCAUCUCGAUUACCCGGAAGAACAGACAACGAAAUAAAGAACUACUGGAACACAAACAUUAGAAAAAGGCUUUUGAGAAUGGGAAUCGAUCCGGUAACACAUAGUCCAAGACUUGAUUUAUUAGACCUCUCUUCAAUUCUAUGUUCAUCUCUCUAUGGCUCAUCAUCAUCACAAAUCAACAACUUCCAAACACUCCUUAGCAUGCAACAACAGCAACCUCUGAUAAACCCUGAGCUUCUAAAACUAGCUUCCUCACUUUUCACUACCUCAUCACAACAACAACAACAACAAGAUUAUAGUAACAAUCAACCUUGUAAUCCCCAAAUUCAAAACCAAGUUCCACCUUCACAUUUUGUCCAAUUCCAAGAUCAAAUCCAACAAGUACCUAGUACUAAUUCUAAUGUUUGUACUAGUGUUUCUCCUUCAUUUCCUAAUCAUUCACAUUUGUUUGAAACAAAUGUGAAUACAAAUCCUUCAAAUUUCACCGACCAAAGUUGUUACAACAAUCAACAUUCUGUUCCUGAUAUUGAUUGGCUAGAAAAUAAUGGGUUUGGUUUAAGUACUUUUAAAGAGGAUAUUGAUUAUACCCCUCAAUUAUCAAACUAUAAUCAAUAUUAUGGUUCUGAUUAUAAUCAAAAUCUUAUGACUCAUCAAACUUCAAACCAAAUUCUAUCAACACCAUCUUCAAGUCCAACACCGAUGAAUUCGAACUCCACGUGUAUCAUUGGGAGCAAUACAGAAGAUGAGAAAGAAAGCUAUGACAGUUGUAAUAACAGAAUGAAAUUUGAAAUUCCGUUGCAUAUUUUAGAUUCCAAUGAUUUUAUGUAAUGAAUAUCAUCGUCAACAGUUAAAUCAACCAAAUGGUGUUGAUUAUUUCACCCUCUGUUUUUGCUGGGAUGUACCUAUGAAUGCUUCUCUGGUGCAUGAUAUUUGUAACAUUCGGUUUAUUUUGUUAUUGAUUUAUAAAGUUUAAAUUUCUUGCUUCACAA